AGAACUGAACACAUAUAUAUAAAAUAUGAGGAUUAACCACUUUUACCCUCAAAUGAAAAAAGUGAAAACCGGCUUAGCCCGUCUAUAACCGCCUUGUGACUCUCCCAGUCUCACUGUGCUCGUUUCCGUGAGCAAUGGCGCAUGGUAGUUUAGACAUCGGCGCUCCAAACAGUGCGUUUAGCUCCGCUCAAAUUUCCGAACACAAAGAAUCGACUGGUCUGAGCUACAUCGACAACGACGACAACGACGAUGCCGGUGGCGUGCAAGUCACGUGCUUCAGUGAGGUCGUCAACGAAACCACCUUCCACCUCCAAAUCAUCCGCCUUCCCAAGCAGAUAUAUGCAUGGAUUGGUUGCAACUCUACAAAAUUUGGGCAUUUGUAUGCAGCAGCACCUAUGAGACCUAACAGUACAGUGGGUGUUACAUCCAUACUCGGUGGGGCUUCUGAUAAUACAGGGUCGGGCAUUGCUCGAAGAUUAGGUAGGUUAUCAAUUUUUGUUUGGAUAAUUUGGGUUUGUCAUCAUCUUUUUUUCCCCGCCUACUCCAUGGUCUGACAUGCGGUUAUU